ACCAUGGUUUUGUCUACCUCCAGGACAUGGCUUCUUAUUGGCUGCGUUUGCGGCGCGAAUGUCCUUAAUAACUUUCUCCAGGGGGCACUGACUGUCUCUUUGUCAACCAUUCAGCAGAGUUUGAAUAUCUCGGAGCCGAAUUUACAAUGGUGCUUAUCCGCAUAUGCUUUAACUUUUGCUUGUUUCCUGCUUCUCAGCGGAAAGGUAGCGGAUGUUCUGGGACGUCGUCUCCUCUUCGUGCUUGGUACGGCGUGGAUUGCAAUUUUGAGCAUCGCCGCCUCCUUCUCUCGUAAUCAAAUCUCUUUCAUCGUCCUUAAUGGAUUGAUGGGUCUGGGCGCCGCUGCCAAUACCCCAGCCGGUAUAGGCAUCUUAGGUUCGACAUUGUCCGCUGACGUGAAGUCGAUGGCUUUCGCUGCAGUGGGAGGUGCGGCCCCUAUUGGCUACAUCACUGGGCUUUGCCUCGGGGGUAUCCUUUGUGAGACAUUUGCAUCCUGGCCAUCGGUCUUCUGGAUCGAGAGCGCACUCGCUACAAUCUUCAGCCUUAUGUCAUGGUUUUGUAUCCCGUCGGAUAGGGGCGAGCAGUAUCAUGAGACGAUGAUGAAGCUGUUGGGCCGUAUCGAUUGGGUCGGCGCUUCUUUAAGCACAUUGGGUUUUGCUACCCUCAUCUUCUCAUUAACCGAUGCGCAAUCCGCUCCCGGCGGCUGGUCGACACCGUACAUUCCCGUCCUGCUAGUGCUCUCUGUCAUUCUCCUGCUUUUGUUCUUCCGCUGGGAGGUAUACCGCGAACGAACCGGUGCGGCGACCCUUAUGCCUCCAAGUCUAUUCAAGAGCCCAAACUUCGGAAUGAUCCUAAGCAUGGUAUUCUGUGCCUGGUGGGCUUUCAAUGCAAUGACGUACUUCGCAACAAUCUACUAUCAGCUUGUCCUCCAACUCUCACCCAUUCAAACGGCUCUGCGUCUACUACCAUUGGGCAUAGCAGGCGUGGGAAUCAACACCCUGGCGGGCUAUCUUAUCAGUCGCAUGCGUCCAGUUUGGCUGAUCGCGCUGGGCCUCAUCGGAAGCCUCGCAGCGCCGCUCCUUUUUGCGUUCGUUCAGCCGUCGUUCAGCUAUUGGUGGAUAAUGUUUUGGGUGAUGCUGUUCAUCGUUGGUCCGGAUGCCGCAUAUGCGGUAUCGAAUAUUCACAUCUCUGCCGCAGUCCCGGCACAGGAUCAGGCACUAGCCGGAGGCAUCUUCAACGUGACCACUCGUCUUGCCACAGCUCUUGGCAUCGCCACAUCUUCCGCAGUGGCUACCGCAGUGUCCAAUGCGGCCCAACGCGCCGAUGGAGACCUGACCCGUUCACCAAGUGCCCUUCUAUCCGGCUAUCAUGCGGCCGCAUGGGUGUGCUUUGGAAUUGCGAUGGUUGCGAUGGUCAUAGAUCUCGUAGGCCUUAGAGGUCUCCCUAUGAUCCGGCCCAGCCAACCGGAACAGGCCAUUGUAGUGAGCGUGGAGUUACAGCCUGUCGAAGCCCGACCAUGA